UCACACACUCACUCACUCACACUCACACACACUCACACCUCACCCUCCUCCAGCCCCAUCGCCUCCACCAUGGCUUCCUCCGCCCUGUCUGUCUGCUCCAGUGACCUGAGCUACAGCAGCCGGGUCUGCCUGCCCAGGGCCUGUGACUCCUGCACCGGCUCCUCCUGGCAGGUGGACGACUGUCCAGAGAGCUGCUGCGAGCCCCCCUGCUGUGCCCCCACCUGCUGUGCCCCGGCCCCCCGCCUGACCCUCCUUUGUGCCCCAGUGAGCUGUGAAUCGAGCCCCUGCUGCCAGCCAGCCUGCAGCAGCUCCUGCCCAGCCUUGUGCUGCCAGCAGUCUAGCUGCCAGCCCUCCUGCUGUACCUCCUCCCCCUGCCAGCAGGCCUGCUGUGAGCCUGUCUGCUGCAGACCUGUCUGCUGUGAGGCAUCCCCCUGCUGCAGAUCCUCCUCCGUGUCCCUCCUCUGCCGCCCCGUGUGCCGCCCUGCCUGCUGUGUGCCCGCCUCCUCCUGCCAGUCCAGCUGCUGCCGCCCGGCCUCCUCCGUGUCCCUGCUCUGCCGGCCCACGUGCCCCCGCCCCACCUGCUAUGUGCCCACCUCCUCCAGCCCCUCAACCUCCUCCAUUUCCCUCCUCUGCCAGCCCGCGUGCCCCCGCCCUGCCUGCUAUGUGCCCACCUCCUCCUGCCAGUCCAGCUGCUGCCGCCCAGCCUCCUCCGUGUCCCUGCUCUGCCGCCCUGUGUGCCACCCUGCCUGCUAUGUGCCCACCUCCUCCUGCCAGCCCAGCUCCUGCCGCCCAACCUCCUCCGUUUCCCUCCUCUGCCAGCCCGCGUGCCCCCGCCCUGCCUGCUAUGUGCCCACCUCCUCCUGCCAGCCCAGCUCCUGCCGCCCGGCCUCCUCCAUGUCCCUCCUCUGCCAGCCCGCGUGCUCCCGCCCAGCCUGCUGCAUCCCCGCCUCAGCCCUGGAGCCCUGCUGCUGACCUGGCACACCCUCUCAGGGCCACCCAGGUGCUAUGGGCCACUCUGUCCCCCUCUGUUGCCAGCCUCUGGCCCCCUUCAGGAUUUGACCCAGACCUGCAUGAAUAUGCACUGACCUGAAACCUCAACAAGCAGGCCUUAGCCCACCUGCAGCCUCUGGGUCAGGCCCAGAUGAACCUGGGUCAGGCCCAGAUGAACCCGAGACAGCCCCAUGUUACCGAGGGUCCCCAGGCUUCUCCUGACAGCCAUGGACACUGCUCUUCCCCCAAGCCUGUGGGGGCCCUGCUCUGCCCUGUCUGCCCAUCCUGUGCUGUGUACCUUCCUCCCACAAGGGUCUUGAGCUGAGUGAAUAAACUCACCAUCCUUGCC